GAGAGAAAAGGAGGGGAGAGAGAGACACGAGUGAAGAAGAGCAGAGGGAGAGAGUAGUGGCUCGCUUUUUGGCGCUCCCGAAGACGUCCUUUCUGGUGACGACCAUUCAGAUUCUCCGCCAUCUUCCACGUCCCCGUGUUCGAUUCCCCCAGUUUUCCAAAACCCUACAAAUGGUCCUCAUCCACUGCCCUCUACGGAUGUGACCUUUCUCUACCUAAUUAUUAUUUAUAUUUCGUCUUCUGUUCUACCCUUCUGUGUCUCCCUACCUUGACCUCCUGCAAUGGCUUCUUUGCAACACUCGCCGGCAAUAAAGGAUGCGAAAGUGCUUAUGGUUGGAGCAGGAGGUAUUGGCUGCGAGUUACUCAAGACCCUCGCUCUCUCUGGCUUCCAGGACAUACAUAUUAUUGACAUGGACACUAUAGAAGUCAGCAACUUGAAUAGGCAAUUUUUAUUUCGUCAGUCACAUGUUGGGCAGUCUAAAGCCAAGGUUGCUCGUGACGCUGUCCUAAAAUUUAGGCCUCACAUAAGUAUUACACCAUACCAUGCAAAUGUCAAAGAUCCUAGCUUCAAUGUCGACUUCUUUAAGCAGUUUAAUGUUGUUCUGAAUGGACUUGACAACUUAGAUGCAAGGCGACAUGUGAACCGUCUGUGCUUGGCAGCUGACGUUCCUCUGGUUGAGAGUGGGACUACUGGGUUCCUUGGACAGGUCACGGUACAUGUGAAGGGGAAAACAGAAUGCUACGAGUGUCAGCCAAAACCUGCCCCAAAGUCAUAUCCUGUCUGCACAAUUACCAGCACUCCAUCAAAGUUUGUACACUGUAUUGUGUGGGCCAAGGAUCUGCUUUUUGCAAAGUUGUUUGGGGAUAAGAAUCAGGAUAAUGACUUAAAUGUGCGCUCUGGUGAUGUUGCUAGCUCUUCUGAGCAUGCAGAUGAUGCCUUUGAACAAAGAAAAGAUGAAGAUGUUGAGCAUUAUAGAAGGAGAAUAUAUGAUCACGUUUUUGCUCAUAACAUUGAAGUAGCUUUGUCUAAUGAAGAGACGUGGAAAAACCGUAACAAACCGAGGCCAAUAUAUAGUAAGGAUGUCCUCUCUGAUAAACUAUCUCAACAAAAUGGUACUGUAGAUGGAAGUUCUGCAACUGACAACUUGCCAUCAUUAUCUGCCAUGACAUCUUUGGGCCUGAAGAAUCCACAGGAUGUCUGGAACCUCAUGGAAAAUUCAAGGGUUUUCCUCGAGGCAUUGAAACUCUUUCUGGUUAACAGAAAAAAGGAAGUUGGGAACUUGACUUUUGAUAAAGAUGACCAGUUAGCUGUGGAAUUUGUAACUGCUGCUGCGAAUAUUAGGGCUGCUUCGUUUGGGAUUCCUUUGCAUAGCCUUUUUGAAGCUAAAGGCAUUGCUGGUAACAUUGUCCAUGCUGUUGCAACAACAAAUGCUAUUGUUGCUGGGUUGAUUGUGAUUGAAGCGAUCAAGGUGCUGGAAAAGAAUACUGAUGCUUACAGGAUGACUUAUUGUUUAGAACAUCCAUCAAGAAAGAUGCUUCUUAUGCCCGUGGAGCCCUUUGAGCCUAACAAAUCAUGCUACGUUUGUUUCAAGACACCACUAACACUCGAGAUCAAUACUCGCCGUUCAAAGUUGCGUGAUUUUGUUGAAAAGAUAGUUAAAGCCAAACUUGGCAUGAGCUAUCCACUAAUUAUGGUCGGGCAUGCACUUCUGUACGAAUUCGGUGAUGAUCUCGAUGAAGAUAUGGUCAAAAACUAUUCUGCAAACCUUGAGAAGGUGCUAUCCGAGCUUCCUUCUCCAGUUAUGGGUGGGACAAUUCUCCAAGUGGAGGAUCUUCAACAGGAGUUUACUUGCAAUAUCAGUGUGAAGCAUAGGGAAGAAUUUGAUGAAGAGAAGGAACCUGACGAAAUGGUUCUAUCCGGACUGACAGAAGCUCCUUCAAUGGCGAAGGAUGAUAACCAUUCUAUUGGAAAUGGCGGGAGCACAUCAAAUGCAUUGUCAGCAGAUAUUACGGAGGCCAAGACAGAUGUCGAGGUUGAGGAAAUUUCAGACGGGACAGAGUAUAUUCAUUCUGGGAAGAAAAGAAAAUUACCAGAGGUUUCCCAAGCUACCAAGGAUGUCUCCGAUGAUGAGACUAGAAAUCACAAGAACGUGGAGAAGCUUGACGAUGAGGACGAUGACAUUGUCAUGCUUGAUCAUCCGGAUGUAGACAACCAGAAGAAGCAAAGAUUGCAAUAAUUCUUGGUUCAAAUCCUAAUUGUGGUGCACUUCUUACAUGCUAACUUUGUACCAUUAGGGAGAAGUGAUUUUGUUGUCCUUAGAAUUACUAGUUGUAAUCAGUAGUAUUUUGCUAUGAGCUUUUGAGUUCGGUAAUGCCGAUUUCCUUUUCCCUUUAUCAAGUUCUGAAAUUAUAGAAACUAUGUUCUUCAUAGCUGAAAAUUAACAGAGACUGGUAACAUUGCAAGUAGCAGAAUUUGUUACAAAUUGCCCCCGAGUGAAAUGUAUUAUUGAAAUAUUUAUCAAAAUUCAAUGCUGCCUUUCCUUUUUU